AUGUGUCGACUCUCCACGCUCGCCGUCGCAGCCCUGACAUUAACCCAGUCCUACUCUCCAGCGUCCGCUCGAGAUCUCCGCGCCUCCAAGGUAUUCCACAACGCGCGGCAGGUGGAGGGCGAGUACGACUAUGUCAUUGUGGGCGGCGGGACCGCAGGGCUCACGGUGGCCGAUCGACUGACCGAGGAUGGCAAGACCACGGUGCUUGUGCUGGAAUACGGCCAACUGAGCAACUCGACCUCCAUCACGACAGUACAGGGCGGGUUCAUGGGCAUGUCGGACACAUCCCUGCUCUACGACAUAACCUCGGUGCCGCAGGUGAAUCUGCGCAACCGCACCACGGCUGUUCUCGCUGGCAAGGUAGUGGGCGGCAGCUCUGCAGUCAACGCCAUGAUGACCGUCCGCGGGACCGCUGAGGACUAUGAUCGCUGGGGAAGCUUCUUCAGCAACAGUUCCCACUGGAGCUGGGAAGGUCUGCUGCCCUACUUCAAGCGCGCCCUCAACUUCGUGCCUCCGGAUGCAGACGUGACAAAAUCGGCCAAUAUCACCUACGACACCCGCUUCUGGGGGAACACAUCCGGCGUCUACGCCGGCUGGCCCUCGUUCCAGUAUCCCGGCACGACCUUCCACAUGGAGGCCUUCCGAGGCCUGCCGGGGGUGCCUUUUGCGCCGGACAGCGGGUCGGGUAAGCCCGGGGUGUAUUGGUACCCGACGUUUAUGGAUCCUAAGCGGGUGUUGCGGUCGUAUGCCCGGACUGGUCAUUAUGACGGGUUGAACAGGGCAAACUACCAUCUCGCCACGGGAUCCAAGGUUGUUCGAGUGCUGCUCAACGGAACCACGGCAACGGGGGUAGCUUUUGUCCAGGUCGGUCCCGGCCGGCCCAUGGCUAACCCGGGUCUGGAGACGGUGGUGCGAGCCAGGAAGGAGGUUAUUCUGGCUGCAGGUGCCGUGCAUAGUCCACAAAUCCUGCAGCUGAGUGGUAUUGGUUCCAGCAAGCUGCUUGCGUCGGCAAAUAUUACCACCGUUGUUGAUCUGCCCGGGGUAGGGCAGAACUUCCAGGACCACCCCAUGAUCUCAGCCUCCUUCACGUUCCGGAACUUCACCUCCACCUUCAACCCCUCCCAAGAAGACCUCUACACCAACCGCACCUUCUCGACCUGGUCCUCCACCCUCUGGCAAACCAACCGCACCGGCCCCAACUCCAUCGCAACCGGCAACGCAGCCGCUUGGCUGCCCUUUCCAGUAAUCUCCCCGCGCUGGCAGGACAUCUCCCACCUCCUCACAACCCAAAACCACACCGCCCACCUCCCCCCGGGAACCGACCCCUCCGUCGCAGCGGGUUACCGCGCCCAAAUGCUUUCUUAUGCCUCUGCCCUGGCAAAUAACAACACCGCGUUUUAUAAUUUAGUUCUGACGGGUGGCGCGAGCAACGGGAUCUUGGUCGACCUGCACCCGCUUAGCAGGGGGACUGUCAAUAUCGAUUUGAGGGAUCCAAAGGGUAGGGAACCGGUGGUUGAUUACCGCGCGCUAUCGAACCCGCUGGAUGCCCAGAUCAUGGCGGAUCUGAUUCGCUUUACACGGAGAUAUUACCUUGAUAACCCGCUUACCGCAAGCCUGGCGGGGAGGGAGAGCCAGCCGGGGAGUGCGGUGCAAACGGAUGGGGAGUUUAGGACGUUUUUGGAGGCGACGCUGAGUCCGAGUGAGUUUCAUCCUGCGGGGACGUGUGCCAUGAUGCCGCGGGAGUUGGGAGGGGUGGUGGAUGAGGAGUUGAGGGUUUAUGGAGUGGAGGGACUCAGGGUGGUGGAUGCGAGUGUUAUGCCGACGUUGCCCGGGGCGAAUACUUGUCAGACUGUUUAUGCGGUUGCUGAGAAGGCUGCGGAUCUUAUUCGCUAUGGCGCUCCCACAGCGAUGGUGGAGUAGAUGGGCAGGUUAGGGGGACUAGGAGGGAAGAUGUACAGGUGAAUGGCAGGCUGUUGAGACGGUGAUAGCUCAUUUGUGUUCGGACUGCGGUAUAGGGGUUGUUCAGGGGCUAUUGG